AUGAAGUAUAGCGAAGGGGAGAGUGGGAGGAAGUUCAAGAACAUGUUGAAGGAAUAUUUUGAUGUAUUGAGUGAGCUUAAUUUUGAGGAUAUGAUUCCAUGGCUAUGGUGGGUGGAUCGAGUGAGAGGGACUAGUGCUAGAGUCGAGAAAGUUGCUAAAGAGGUCGAUGAGUUCUUGGAUGGACUGGUGGAGGAGCGGCUGAGGAAACAGUCGAACAGUGGCGACGAUGGUGAUGUUGAUAACAGUGAAGACUUCCUUGACAUAUUGAUUAAUAUCCAAAAGAAAGAUGCUAAUAGCCUUCUAGACAGAGAUGACAUCAAAGGACUCCUCUUGGAUGUAUAUACCGCUGAAACAGACACAACAACAACAACAAUAUUGGAAUGGGCAUUUGUAGAACUUCUAAAACAUCCUAGGACUUUCAAGAAACUUCAGGAUGAAGUGAGGAUGGUUCUUCAGGACAAGAACCAUAUAAACCAACAAGAUAUAGACAACAUAAAAUACUUGAAAGCUGUCAUAAAAGAAACUCUACGUCUUCAUCCCCCUGCCCCAACCCUAAUUCCUCGAGUCUCGAGAGAAGAUGCAAAAGUCAUGGGAUACAACAUCAUGAAAGGAACUAGGGUUAUUAUUAAUGGAUGGGCCAUUCAAAGAGACCCUAAAGUAUGGGAUGAACCUGAUGAGUUUCAACCGGAGAUGUUCUUGGAUAAUAAUAUUGAUUACAAAGGGCACGACUUUGAACUGAUUCCUUUCGGUGCAAGAAGGAGGGGGUGUCCGGGGAUGCAAUUUGCGCUAGUGAUAGAUGAAUAUGUGUUGGCUAAUCUUUUGCACAAGUUUGAUUGGGAGUUGCCGAAUGGAGGUAAAGAAGCGGACCUGGAUAUGGAGGAAGAGCAUGGUAGUACGGUUCACAAGAAGGUUCCUCUUUUGGUCAUGGCAAAAGAAUUCUCUUCCUAA